CUCUCCGGUCUCAUCUCACAUUCAUUCCACCCUCUAUUCAAAUUAAUUCAAACCUUUUUUUCUCUCUCUGGUCUCAUCUUACAUUCAAUUCCUCCCUCCCUCUCUCAAUCUCCAACAUCUUCAAAGCACCCACCAACCUCUCUCUCUCUCUCUUAUGGCUUCAGUACCUGUUGAAGAAUCCUCAGAACCCCUGAAAUACCAGACAUGGGUUUUGAAAGUCUCUAUCCACUGUGAUGGCUGCAAGAGAAAAGUCAAGAAAGUUCUACAGAGCAUCGAUGGUGUCUAUACAACAACUAUUGAUUCACAGCAACACAAAGUGACAGUUACAGGAAACAUUGAUGCGGCGACCCUGAUAAGAAAGCUUGCAAGAACUGGCAAACACGCCGAGAUUUGGCCGGAAAAGAUCACCGGGAAACAGAAAAAGGCGGGAAAAGCGAAGAACAACGAAAAACAAGAGCACCCAAAAGGCAGUGAUGACCCAACUGAGAAUGUUGAAGCCUCGGCUAAAAAGCAGUCGCCGGAAAACCCUCCGGCCGGCGAUAAGCCUCCGGCGACUGACCAGAAGGGCGGUGCAAACAAUGGAGCUGCUUCUGGGGACACUGGAAACGGCAGUGGUGGCAAGAAGAAAAAGAAAGGGCAUAAUGGUAAUACCGGCGGUUCCACCGGUGCACCCGGGGGCACCGGAUCGGAUACUCAGAAUCCGGGUCAAGUUAAUCUGAGCCCUACACGUCAUCACCUGGACUCAUCAUACCCGCCUAGUUGCAUCCCUCAUCCCGUGUAUGCGGUGAGUUACAAUGCAGCCCAUCCUAGAGUAAUUGGUGGCCCAACUUAUUAUGUUCCUCCAUCACCGUACACGUAUGCAAACACAUACCCAGUGGUUUAUCAAGUUCAACCACCACCGUUGGAUUCGUUUGCCCUCUUCAGUGAUGAAAACCCUAAUGGGUGUCACAUCAUGUGAUCGUUUUGGUGAAAUGAGGGAAUCUUUUUGAUGGCCAAGAUGUAAUGAAAUGGGGAUAAUUUUGUCAAAUGUAAAUUCUACCGGAGAUUAGAGUAGUACUAAGACUACUACUAGGGCUAACAUUUGCUAGUUUUGGGUUUUAUGAUGGGUUUUGCCAUAUAUAGCCUUUUUGGGUAAAAGGCUUUUAAAAGGCUUUUUUUUUUUUUUUUUUUUUUGUUAAAAGCUUUCUUGGUCUUGUAACUGCUAGAUGGUUGUAGUGGCAAGGAUCUUUUAGAUGGUAAUUUUGGGUUCUUGCUCUGUUGUGGACAUUUGUGUUUGUACGUUUAUUUGGUCUAAAUUUAUAGUACUUAUUAGAGAAAUGAUUUUUGUGCCCAAACUGGAAUGGAGGGCUGAUAGUCCUUUGAUGCACUGUACUGGGAUUUCCGAAGUGAUUGUGGAUGACUAUGAUUUAUGGUUUCGGGUAUUACUUGGAUCAUUUUUCAAAUUUCAUACGUGAUUCAUAUUGGUUAGUUUAUAAUGACUUUGUUUGAAUUUAUCGUGAUCGAUAUUGCGAACCAUAUUAUGACCUUCAUUUUGAGUUUCGUUAAGCUCACAUUAUU